AUGUGUGGAAUCAGUGGCAUUUGCAUGGGUCAUUAUGACCGUGACGACGAAGACGGUUCUUGCGACGCCGCUCAGGACCUCCACGAGUCCCUUUACUAUCUGCAGCACCGUGGUCAGGAUGCGGCAGGAAUCGCCGUCUGUUCUGAAGGCGGAAGGAUAUACUCGUGCAAGGACAACGGAAUGGCCUCCAAAGUGUUCAACGACGGCAAGAGAGUCGUCGAUCUCCACGGUUGGAUGGGAAUCUCUCACCUGAGAUACCCCACGGCGGGAAGCUCGAGCAAAGCGGAGGCGCAGCCAUUUGAAUAUCUCGACAAGACGGCGCACCGCCACGUCAACACCAGCUCCGACUCCGAACUCAUGCUGUCCAUCUUCGCCAACGAACUCAACGAGACCGGAAAGGCCCGUAUCAACGAGAUUGAUCUCUUCAGUGCGCUCGAGCGCACUUACAAGCGCUGCCGCGGCGCAUGGGCUGCUGUUGUCAUGAUUGCCGGCUACGGCAUCUGCGGCUUCAGAGAUCCCGAUGGCAUCAGACCUUUGGUGUGGGGCCGCCGGCCCUCUGCUACCCUGGAGGGAGCUUACGAUUACAUGCUGGCUUCCGAGUCUGUCGCCCUCCGCCAGCUGGGCUUCCGGGACAUCACAAACGUCCUGCCAGGCCAGGCCGUCCUCUUCAAGAAGGGGUCGGCCCCUGUGUUGACGCAAAUUCAGGAGCCUGCGGGAUAUACGCCGGAUGUCUUUGAAUAUGUCUACUUUGCGCGCCCAGACAGCGAGAUCGACGGUAUCUCUGUUCACAAGUCAAGAGAAAACCAGGGCAUCAAGCUGGCAGACAAGAUCAAGAGAACGCUUGGUGAAGAGGCCCUGAAGGAAAUUGACGUUGUUAUUCCUAUCCCAGAAACAUCAAACACGGCAGCUGCAGCCCUGGCAACAAGGCUUAACAAGCCCUUCUCCAGCGGUUUUGUGAAGAACAGAUAUGUCUUUAGAACCUUCAUUAUGCCUGGUCAAAGCGUCCGCCAAAAGAGCGUGCGGCGCAAGCUUAGCACUAUUGAAUCAGAAUUCAAGGACAAAUGUGUGUUGUUGGUAGAUGACAGUAUUGUGCGAGGAACCACUAGUCAGGAGAUUGUCCUCAUGGCCCGUGAAGCCGGUGCCAAGAAGGUCAUUUUCUCCAGCUCAAGCCCAGAGAUUCUGCACGAGCAUCUCUACGGCAUCGACCUGGCGAGUAAGAAGGACCUUAUUGCCCACGGAAAGACCACCGACGAGAUCGCAGCGCACAUCGGCGCCGACAAGGUCAUCUACCAGGACCUCAAGGACCUCAUCGCUGCCUGCGCCGAGCUGUCUCCCCGCGAUCCCACAACGCAGAACUUCGAAGUCGGUGUCUUCAACGGCUGCUACGUCACCCCCAUCCCCGAGGGCUACCUGGAGCAUCUCAGCGAACUCCGCAGUGGCAACAAGAAGCGGAAGCAUCGGGGACCGCUUGUAGCCAGCAGCGGCCCCACGCUCGACGCCCCCGCGGAUGCCCCUGCUGCGAAGGCGGCCAACAUCAAUGGAUUGGCUUCCCGUGCACGCGCUGAGCCGCGGUCUCCUGGAAGGAGCGCAGACAUUGGAAUCCACAACGUCGCAGGUGAAGAGGAAAACUAG